AUGGACGAGGCUAGAUACGCUCGAAUGGCAUCGUACACGACACAUCUCGACAUCGCUUACCCUGGCGCAACCUCGCCGCGACAGGCGCUCGACCUGUUCCUCCCUCGCGAAGCUGGACCCUCGUCCCCGCUGCUCGUCUACGUCCACGGCGGCGCUUGGCGAUCUGAAAGCAAAAGCGACUUUACCAACACCCUCGUACCACUGCUCGUCCAGCACACCCGCUUGCCCGUCGCUUGCCUCGAGUACCGCCUCGCACCCGCCGACCCUCAUCCUGCUCAAAUCGUCGACGUGAUCUCCGGCCUGUCGCUCCUCGCUGGGCCGCUCUUGCCGCUCGAAGAAGGCGAGGCGAAGUGGGACCGGAGGAAGCUUGUCGUGGCGGGUCACUCGGCUGGCGCCUUUAUGGCUGCGACCCUGAUCCUCCGGCCUCCUCCUUCUUGCACGCCUUCAUUCGACGUUCCCGCCUCGCUGCGCCACUCGAUCUCGCACAUCAUCUGCAUCGACGGCAUCUAUGACCUCCCAACCCUCCUUGACGAAUACCCCUCCUACGACUCGUUCGUCCACGACGCGUUCGGGCGCAAUCCAGCGGUCCUGGCAGCCGAGUCUCCGGCUCGGUGGGACUUGUACGACGGGGAAGCGCUGAAGACACAUGUGGUGGUGCUGCACUCGGCGGAAGACGAGCUGCUGAGCUUCCGUCAGCCAAGGGUGUUCUUGCGAAGGAUGCGACGGCUGCUGGCGGGCUCGGAUGCGGCGAGAGGGCGGGAGGAGGCAGGUCAGCCGGUCGAGGAGGAGGAGAAGGACUUGCCGGAGGGCGUCGUGGCGGACUUUGUGUCGCUCAAGAGAGGGCACUACGAGGUUGUGCGAAGUGAAGAGCUGGCGACGGUGAUUGCUCGCAUUCUGCAAUAG